UUCAAUGGCGACCACCUUCCACUCAUAAACUCUGUAACAGGAAGCACUUCCCGAUUCAACCACCAAGCACCUUCCCCAAAUGGAGAAGCCCCAUGCUGUCAUGAUCCCUUUUCCCAGCCCAGGCCACAUAAACCCCAUGCUGCAGCUAGCCAAGGUUCUCCAUUUCAAAGGCUUCCACAUCACCUUCAUCAACACCGAGUUCAGCUACCAUUGUAUGCUGAAGUCUGCAGCACCAGAUGUUCUCAGGGGCCCCAGUGAUUUUCGACUUGAAACCAUCCCUGAUGGUCUCUCCCCCUCUGAUCGAGAGAGCCCCGAAUAUAGUACGAAAUUCUACCUCUCAACAAAAAUAAACAGUGUUGCUCCCCUUAGAGAACUCCUAUCAGAGCUCAAUAACUCCUCUCGCACGCCCCCCAUCACCUGCAUCAUAUUCAACUGGCUCAUGACUUUUUCUCUAGAUGUUGCCGAACAGCUGGGCAUUCCUGCGUUGGUGUUCUGCACUAUGAGCGCUUGCGGUUUCAUGGGCGCCCUUCACUUGGGCGAGCUCGUUCAGAGAGGAUAUAUACCACUCAAAGAUAAGAGCUGCAUCACAAAUGGAUACCUUGAUACAAUUAUAGAUUGGAUUCCUGGAAUGAAAGGUAUACGCCUUGGAGAUAUUUCUAGUUUUGUUAGAACAGUUGAUCGUGAUGACAUGUUUCUCAACUUUGAGAAGGAAACGGCGAGUAAUGCUCUCAGGGCCUGGGGAUUAAUCCUCAAUACCUUUGAUCACAUGGAGUGCGAUGUCUUGCGUGCCAUGAAACAUAUGUUCCCUCAGAUGUACGCAUUAGGCCCUUUGCCUGCACUCCUCAAUCGUUUAACAGAGAAGCAGAGGAAUCCAAUAUGCUUGAGCCUUUGGAAGGAAGAUUCUAGCUGUAUGGAAUGGCUGAAUACCCAGAGAGAUUCUUCAGUUAUCUAUGUGAAUUUUGGAAGCCUCACAGUGAUGACAACCCAGCAGCUGGUAGAGUUUGCUUGGGGCCUCGCAGAAAGCAAGCAUCCUUUCUUGUGGAUCAUCAGGCCUGAUCUUGUUGCGGGUGGGCUGGCUGCAUUGCCUGAGGAAUUCAUUACGGAAACCAAGGGGCGGAGUCUCCUCGCCAGUUGGUGCUCGCAAGAAGAAGUGCUCUCUCACUCUUCUAUUGGAGGCUUUCUGACGCAUAGCGGCUGGAAUUCAACACUGGAGAGUGUUUGCAGCGGUGUGCCGAUGAUCUGCUGGCCAAGCUUCGCAGAACAAUAUACUAAUUGUAGAUAUGCCUGUAAGGAAUGGGGAAUAGGCAUGGAGAUCGACCAAGAGGUGAAGAGAGAGCAAGUUAAGGGCCUGAUAAAGGAAUUGAUGGAAGGAGAUAGAGGGCAGGAAGUGAGGAAAAGUGUCAUGAAGUGGAAAGAGAUGGCAAAGCAAGCAACUUCACAAGGUGGAUCUUCUUAUGCAAACAUGGAGAGAUUAAUUAUAGACUUGAAUCCUGAGAAGAUUGCAGCUUAGAAUUUGAUGAUUUGACUUUGUCACUCAAAACAUAGGAGCAAAAUAUGUUAAAAGGUUCAUGAUCGCGAAGAUAAGAAAACAGCAAGCAUGUUCUAUGUGGAAGUGAAUAUCAUGCUUCAGUAGAAUACUUACUGAUCUUUAUGCGUGUAUCAAUACUAUGCAGGCAUUACUUGUAAGGACUACGAAUCUUGGUGGUGCAUGUUUUUGGAGAAAAAUCUAAAAAAUGCUUAUAUA